UUUCAGUGGAAACAAAUGGUCACUGAUGUCCUUCACCCUGGGAAGGCAAUAGGACCUAAUAGAGAAAUUUGGACGAAACUAGCUAAAAUGUACAAAACCUCGUCAGAUGUCAUCUUUGAAUUUGGAUUCAAAAUCCAUUUUUUACAUGGCAAAACACCUGCCUUUGGCAUAAUUUAUGACUCCUUAGCUUAUACAAAGAAAAAUGAACCCAAACAUAGACUUGUAAGAUAUGGCCUGCAUGAGAAGAAAAAGACCUCAAGAAAACAGCAAAAGAAACACAAGAACAGAAUGAAGAAAAUCAGGGGGACUACAAAGGCCAAUGUUGGUACUGGGAAAAGUGAGCUUAAGUUUGGACAACAGAAAGAGUAA